UCUGGUAGAAUGAGAGAUUAACGGGAAAUUGGGAUUUGAUUCAACGGCAAAAAAAGCCCUAAGCAACUUGUUACAAUUUGCGUUCGAAGAUGGAGCAUCAGCACGCAGAAACAGAUGCUGGAGAUGUAUCAUCAGCCCAAGCAGUUCUGCUAGGAGCACUGGCUCCUGGUGUUAACGGUCCUACAUGGAUUACUUUAAAGUCGACUUUUUUAAUGUUGGGUGUCUCUCUUGCUGUUAUGCUGGCCCUGGCAUUCUCUUCCAGUGAUUCAUGGUUGAUGUUCCAUGUUGCAUUCUUAGUUAUAAUUUGCGUCACCCUAUUUUUCCUUCUCAGCUGGUUUCUUGCCGAAACUGGUUUAGUUUCUGUUAAUUAUCAAAUGCGUGAGAUGGGAUUAGAGCAUAAGGAUCAUUCAGAGAACCUAAAGAGCAAAUGACUAUUUCUUAAAAUAUUGCUCAGUUGAAUUUCCGAGGACAUUUUCUUGAAUUGUGUAGGGAAACUUCGGUUGAAAUCUUUCACGAUGAAUUGAUCGGCAACCAAAUGUUCCAGAUUUCUUAAGAGAAACGAACUAGCUGAAAGGUUUAUGUUCUGUCAGCUACUCUUGUUUAAUGAUACGAUGAAACAGAUGCAUUGGCUGGGGAAACCUCCACUAGAAGUGAGUUUCUUUUGAUAUGCUGUUGUUGUCUAAUGAGGACACUGUUUAUGUUGUCUGAUUGCUAAAUUUGUUACAUUCUUUUUUUUCCGAUUGUGGAUGUUGCUGCUGGAUACCUUGUAGUCAUGUACGUUGCAAGUUGUAUAGAUUUUAUGAUGAUUUUAUUAUUUCUGCUUGUUUAUGUUCCUCCA